GCGGCGCGCGCGGGCCGCGAGACGCUGCCCGCACGGCUGCCCCAUGGCCUCCCUCGUCCAGCGCCGCGACAAGCGCACCGACAUCAAUAACCGACGGCAGUACCUCCAGCUGUUUGCCUGCCAAAGGGCCGCACCGCUGUACCGAUGGUGGUACGCAUUGGCCAUUGAUACGAAGCACGACCUCCUGAAGAGCUGGGGCAUUCCCGUGCGGCCGAUCAACGCGCCGAACCCCCGAUUCCCAUCUCAUUUCCACGUCGACGAGCUGCUGAAAGCGGACGACCAAGCACCAGUCACGCAGCCACCCCUGUAUGCACCCUUGGACGGUGUUUUAAGGACCUUCGCCAUCGUCGCCGACCCGCUGACACGGUGGGCGCCGCGCGUCUCCGAUGAGAGCGUCGACUGGUUGGACACUCUGACGGCGAUCUGCGAAGCAUUGGCAGACGAAUACGUCGAGCGAACUUUGGACGAUGGGGCCUCGCCGGUUAUGUUGAGUGAGAAGGUGUCUGAGCGAGUGAGGGAGCACUGGCUGCCGGAGAGCUGGGACCGCGCGAAAUUGCAGAAACGUUUUUUUCCGGACGAGACAUUGUCGGACGUCGCCUGUCCGGCGUCGCGGUCGCUGCGAAAACACCGAGACGCGUUGUGUCUGGCCCACCGGAAGGAUUCUGUAAGGGCCCUGGAGCAGGCCCUUGCUCUUGGUCUAUGUGAGGACGAUGAGGAUCGUAGCAUGGUCGCUGCCGCGCUGGCGUUGCUCGCCGAUAGCGUCGCCUGGACGUCGCAGGGCUUCCUGACGGAGCGCGAGGCCAGGGCCGUGGCUGCCGCGGGCGAGAAGGUCUACGAGCGACUCGCGUCGUAUUCGGCGCAUUGCCGGCCGCACCAGUUGUUGUUCCUGAAGGCGCUAUGUCUGCUCCAGAAACAAACCGCGAACGUCGCGGAGACCUUCGGCGACUUUUUCGUGCUGGCCGACGACGAGGCGCAGAUGUUGCAUCGGACGUACGCGUCGGACGACCGGCGUGCCCAGGACCGCGGCGCAACCAUAUUGGUUGCGGUCGCGCGGGCGCACGUGGCAUUUGGAAUAGCGAAGGGCGACGAGGACGGCGGCGUCGAGCGCGCUUUAGGGAUGCGGGACUGGGAAAUUGAUGUGGGUUGCGGGUGGCACGCGCGGCGCGGGUUGCGGCGGUUCCGGAGGGGUGACGACGAGGGGGCGUUGCGGGACCUGGACCGGGCCCUGUGCGGCCUGUCGCCCGACGACGCGGAGUUCGCGGCGUGCUGCGCCAUUCUGGCAAUUCUGAUGAAGCGCGCGGGCGACGAGGGGCGGGGCGCGCGCUACUUGGAAGUCGCGAAAAAUGGCGGUGCGUGUCCGGAGCUGGAACUGGCGCGGGAGGCCUUCGGCGAGGCUUCUGCUGCCGAUGCGGAACCGGACGGCGUGACGCGCAUCGUCGGGUCGCGCGUGCCCAAGGUCCUGCGGACGCCGCGUGUGGAUGAUCUCGUCGACGAGGCGCGGGAGUAGUCCCGACGUACUAGUGUGU